AUGCCUUCGUUCUCACUGGCUCAGAUCUCAGGGCCACCCAAGGUUCCACGUCUGCGCGAACCAAACGGGUUGAGUCGCACAGUAAAAGCUUGCGCAACACUCUUCACGUCGUUCAUCUGGGCUCCAAUUAUGUCUUGGUUUACGAAGAAAGCACCCAAGGCGCUUAUCAUUGGCAUGCACCUAACGCGCGAUGAGGUCCAAAUCCUCAUACAAGCCUGCCAAGAGCUCGAAGGCUCUAUGACCCGUCAGAAAGAAGAGAUGGAAGCCUUCACAAAGACCAAAGGAAGCGAUCAUGCGCGCCGCGCCAUGAAGUCGAUUCUAGAGCGUCACCACCGUAUCUACGACCGACUCGAUAACCUCACCCUUCGCCUACGCAAUAACCACUCGAAAGGGUCAUUCAGGGUAGAACUCGAAGAACUCGCAAGGAUUAUGGCGCGCCAGCGGUCACUCUGGGCUGAGCACUCAGGACGGUUGGACCUGGGCUGGAAAGUCGUCUCAGAGCGAUACUGGCCACUGAUAGCUGAUAGCUAUGCGAUCCUCUUCGAUAUUCUCAGUAGCUUCAAACAAAUCCUCAACAGCAGUUUGCUAGACGACGCACUCUGGUCUGACGAGGCGAUGAAGCGAAACCGUCGCAUUUGCCCCAAGUCCCUGAAAUCGGCACUCAAGGGCUCUUCCCUUGGCAAGCCAAAGUCAAAGGACAAACAUGUCGUUUUCGAAGAGACAUACCAUUCGCGCAUUUUUAGCCAAAAAGAUGCGCCUAAGGAGGUGAGCGAGGCGCAUGCGAAUGCUGAAUGGCAAGAGUAUGGGCGCGGCACUGAUUUCGUGGGGAAGCUUGCCAGUGACGGAAAACGUUCGGCGAAGCAUUAUCAGACCAGGGUGCAUAAGAAGAAGACAGACACGCGAAUUGCGGUGCCUUAUCGGGGGUCAAUAAGGAGGGCCGAGAUUAGCGAUAGAGAGAAGCGACAGGAAGAACAGAGGAGAGAAAUACGACCGGUAUUUGAGCGACCGAAAGUAGAGACGGGGCGAAGAAUGACAGGAACCAGGAUGUUCUUUGACAAUUUGCAGGAGACGAGAAUGUUUGUCCCACUUUGA